AUGCCUCGUGCUAUCAGAGGUGUCUUAGUUCGUUGUGAUCCUUCUAUCAAGGCGCUUAUAUUGAAAAUUGACUCGGCUAGACAUGAUAUAGUCAUUGAGGAAUUGGAUGAUACUCAUUUGGUCAUUGAUCAGAAACAAGUUCAAGCAGUUAAGAAUGAACUUAAUCGUCUUUUAUCAAAGAAUAUUUACAAUCCAUUUGAAGAGCAAUAA